AUGUCGUAUAUGCAGCACAUGAAAUCCGAUCGCCAAUUGCAUGAUAAGUAUCAUCGGCGCGCUAUCGAAGGAAUAGAGCUUGGCCCAACCAACCCCCUGCUUUGGAACUUGAUUGAACAGCAUCAAUUGAAAUCUGGAGUUGAUGGAAAGAUAGUAGAGGUAAACUCUGAGUCGCCUAAAGAGAUUUCUGUCGCCAAAGAAUUCCUUGAUAUUGUCAACAACAUUUUGAGUGCCCCCCAAGAUAAUAGGGACUGGUCUUCUGACCCGAAUAGAGGCAAGGUGUUUAUGUUCGUGAUCAGAAAUAAGGCAGUUGGGAUUUGUUCGACUGAACGAAUAAGCGAGGGAAAGUGGAUGGUUUAUGAUACAGGAGAACUAGUGCCAAAACAAAAAAUACCUUUGGCUAUCGGGAUUUCGCGAAUAUACGUGAGUCACAAAUACAGAAGAAUGGGUAUAGGGCUUCGUCUUUUGUUCGCCGUUCAACAACAUAGUAUAUAUGGUUUGACGCUUACAAAAUAUCAAAUUGGCUGGAGUCAGCCAAGCGAGUUUGGAGGCAAACUUGCUCUUUCAUUCAAUGGCGUGAAGCACAAAUCAGGCAAAAUGCUGAUACCCAUCUAUGAGGAACGAUAG